AUGUUCGGCAAUGCUCAUCGUUUGUUUGGUGUUUCAAACAUACAGAAGAUACUAAACGAAAUUAAGGAUGGUGGUCAAAGAGAUGAAGCAAUGAAAUCAAUUAUUGUUGAGUCGAAAAUUCGUGCAAAUUUCCCAAUUCAUGGAUGUCUUGGUGUUAUUCAUAUGUAUGCAGGUAUGAUAAAUAAGUCUUCUAAAGAGUUAGAUCAAUUAAAAUGGCUAUUAGCUUAUUGUAAGCAAAACAACCAUUUACAACAACAAAAUCUUUAUUCCUCCAUACCUUCUACUAGUUUUCAAGUGUUUAACAAUUAUGGUGAUGUUGGUAAUUAUUAUCAAAAUAGUGAAAAUAAUAUGAUGAUACCAUCUUCUUCUUAUGUUAGUCAAACCACCCCUCAUGAUGUUAAUAAUUCUCCAAUUGAUACAAACUUGAAUAUAAAUUCUAUGGAUACAAGGGGUGCAAAAUUGAGUGGUGAUAGCAACCUUGGUGGGGACAAUGUCAAAUUAGAAUUGGACAAUAAUGAAGAUUUGGACGACUUUGAUAUACAAAUUAGAACAAUAUUUGAUUGGGAGGAAACAGAAGGAUUGUUAGAUACUGAUGAAUUACCUAGUUCGGAUUUUAAUAUAGAUAUGAAUGGUCCAACACUAUAG